AUGCCUUCUCUGAAAAAAACCAUUCCAUAUGAGUUCAAAGACCCUUCGCUCGUGGAGACCCGCGCUUAUGUCGGCGGAAAAUGGAUAGAGGCCGCCUCUGGCAAAACUUUCCCAGUUUUUGAUCCCGAAGAUGACAAGGAAAUCAUCCAAGUCACCGACAUGAACCGUGAGGACGCGCGCUCUGCCAUCGAAGUCGCCCAAAAAGCAUUUGAGUCCUAUAAACGCACGGGUCACCGCGAGCGACGCUUUCUCAUGCGGCGUUGGGGAGAUCUGAUUAAAGGAAAUAGAGAAGACCUCGCGGCGCUGUGCACCGUGGAGCUGGGCAAGCCUUUCACCGAGUCUCUAGGGUCGGUCCAAUACGCUAUCGACUUCGUGGAUUGGUUCGAAUCGGCCGUGGAAAGGACUGUGGGAGAGACUAUCCCUGCUUUCCGGGGCAAUAAUCGGAUUUUGACUAUCCGAGAGCCGCAGGGUGUUGUCGCUGCAAUCACUCCGUGGAACUCGCCGUUGGCUAUGGUCACUCGCAAAGUGGGAGCGGCCAUUGCAGCAGGUAACACGGUUGUGUGUAAGCCGGCCCCAGAGACACCUCUUUGUGCACUCGCACUAGCCAAGCUAUUUGAGAGAGCUGGCGGUCCGGCUGGAGUGUUCAAUGUUGUUCCCUGCAGUCCGGAGAACACCCCGGGGAUUGGGGAAGAAAUGUGCCACAACAAGCUCGUCAAGCACCUGAGCUUCACUGGAUCUACGCCUGUCGGAAAAUACUUAAACACGGAAUGUGCUAAGACCAUCAAGAAGACCAGUUUGGAGCUUGGAGGCAAUGCUCCUUUCCUUGUCUUCGAAGACGCUGAUCUAGAGAAAGCGGCUCAAGGACUGAUUACAUCAAAGUACCGAUCGUCAGGCCAGACCUGUGUCUGCGCUAAUCGUGUAUUCGUUCACGCCUCAAUCCUAGAUCGUUUCGCCGAUGUGCUCCGAGCAUGUAUCGACAAGACAUUCGUUUACGGGUCCGUUUGGGACCGAAAGGUCAACUUCGGUCCUUUGUACUGCAGUAAGGGUAUUGCCAAAGUAAAGGACCAUCUUCAGGACGCAAUUCAAAAGGGGGCGAAGAUUCACUCAGGCGGAGCUUCCGACACGGAUGGUCCGAACUUUGUCCACCCGACCGUUGUCAUCGGUACGAAGGCAGGCAUGAAAUUCCUGAGCGAAGAGACAUUUGGACCGGUGGCCUUUUUGAUUCCCUUUGAGACUGAGCAGGAGGCUAUUGACAUGGCAAAUGAUUCCGAUGUCGGGCUUGCCGGCUAUUUCUACACAGAGGAUAUCUCACGCAUUUUCCGAGUGAGCGAGGCCCUCAAAGUCGGCAUGGUCGGUGCUCGUGUUGGACUGGUCAGCGCCGCUGAACAACCAUUCGGAGGUGUUCGUGAAAGUGGUCUUGGUCGGGAGGGAGGACUUGCUGCGCUGGAGGAGUAUCUGGAUGUCAAGAGCAUCACCAUCGGGAUUUAA